AUGAUUGCCACUGUUGUAGAUAAUUUUUUGUUGCUACAAAUGGAGCAUAUUCACAAUGCAUCCGGAAAAAAGGCUAGAGCUAGAAGAAUGUUGAUUUUGAAAGAAAACCAGUCUAAAUGUCAAAAAUUUAGUCCUCAACAAAUACUCCGUGCGCAGACUGUGAUUAAUAAUCCUACCUUCCACACUCCGAGACAACCUUUGUCCGACCUUACUCAGGCAUUCCAAAAUAUUAUUACAAGAACACCAGUUGAUCAACAUUCUAUUAGUCCAAAUAUCAGCGACGCAGGGACAGAACCUAGCCUAUCAAUACACGGUUUUAAAAAUCUGAGAAGCUGCCACAUUGGCUCCUUAGGAACAAAUCUUUACUCAAAGUUUGCAUCAACUUCUACACUUAAGGAAAAUGAUACUUUUGGUCUUCCGAGCAUAACUAAUCAGCACCCCCUUUCGCUUCAUGAAAAUAACGUCGUUCGAGCCGGAAGUUCUUCUAAUAGAGCCACAUGUCCACCGGAUUCCAUGACAGGUCGGGGACGGCCUAAAAAUCAAUAUGGAGUUCCAAAUAUGGCGCUUAACUUGUGCAGAAUGUUUCCUAUACCAACGAAUACGCAAGAAACUGCCAUGCAAACUCAGACCUCAAAUGCAAACCCACAGCCUAUCGAAGUCGUUACACCAUAUGUCCCUGGGCUUCAAGUACCGCAAAAUAGGGCCAGUCUUGGUGCUGCCGAGUAUACGCCGGUCGUAACGCCCACACAUGGUCCCAAAAAUCGAAUGACGCCAACAUGUCCAGUUUUUACACCUACAGUCAAUUUGGAUUUUAAUAGCGACUCAGACAAUGACAGCGACUAUGACCCUUUUGCCACAUAUCUAUCCGAGGAUGAGUUAUUCUCGGAAGACGAAAAUUAUGAUGCACCUUUCACAAUUCAUGAUAAUGUUGCCGGCCAUUCUGAAGAAUAUUACGAUAUCGGAUCCCCUCCUAUUGAAUGUCGUUAUUGUAAAGCGAUGAUGUGGUAUCAAGAGAGAAUGCAUAAAAGUUCUCAUUCCGCCAACCCGAAGUUUAUGAUGUGUUGUGGGAACGGGAAAGUUGAACUCCCACUGCUUGGAGAGCCUCCGAAAACCCUUGCACAACUUUUGUUUGAUCACAAUAGUUUGGUUAGCCGCAAGUUCCAACAACAAAUCCGAGUAUACAACAUGAUGUUUGCAUUCACGUCACCGGGGGCAAAGAUUGAGAAUCGAUUUAACAAUGGACGUGGGCCUCCAACACUAAGGAUACAAGGUCAAACAUGUCACCGAAUAGGAAGUUUGUUGCCUCCGCAAGGUCAAAAACCUAAGUUUGCUCAGUUAUAUAUUUAUGACACCGAAAAUGAAGUUGAAAAUCGAAUGCAUGGACUAAGGAACAAAGAAGAUUUUGAUCCGGAAGUUGUCAGUCGAUUAGCAAGCAUGCUGUAUGAAUUCAAUCCUCAUGCUAAAAGUUUUCAAAUGGCAAAACAAUGGUUAAAUAAUGGGGAAACUCCAAAUUUGAAGCUGCGGCUCAUUUCCAACCGAUCGACCAAUGCCAGGGUGUAUAAUCAACCAACUGUGUCUGAAGUGGCUGCUUUGGUUGUUGGUGAUAUUGACACGACAGAAAUGAGGGAUAUCAUAAUGCAGACAAAGGGAGGAAGACUUCAAAGAAUCAACGAGCUGCAUGCCGCUUACAUGGCUUACCAGUAUCCUUUGAUAUUUCCUUAUGGUGAGGACGGUUAUAGACCUGAUGUUGCACAUAGAGACUUGCCCGUCAACGAAAACAGCAUAAGAAAUAGGCUCACAAUAUGCGAAUGGCUUGCCUUCCGCAUUCAAACAAGGUUAUCUGAAGCUAAGACUUUGUUAUCUUCGAGAAGGUUGUUCCAGCAAUUCCUGGUCGAUGGUUACACAAUGUUAGAAUCCGAGAAACUAGAAUGGCUACGUAAAAAUCAACCAAAGCUUCAAGUGUCAAAGUACAACUCUUUAGAGAAAGAGGGCGAUCAAAGUCAAGCUCCAGGAAUAAGCAUAGGUAAACGAGUUGUUUUGCCUUCUUCCUUUGUUGGCGGCCGUAGGUUUAUGGAUCAAUUGUACUAUGAUGGGAUGGCUAUAUGCAGUAAAGUCGGAUUUCCCGAUUUGUUUAUUACUUUUACAUGUAACCCAAAUUGGCCGGAGAUUCAAAGAGUUCUCGGACCUCUACAUUUGAAGCCUCAAGAUCGCCCGGAUGUCAUUUCAAGAGUUUUCAAAAUCAAAUUCGAUCAACUCCUUUCAGAUUUAACCAAAAAAGGCGUUCUUGGAAAAGUGCUUGCUUAUAUGUACACCAUUGAGUUCCAAAAGAGAGGAUUACCUCAUGCCCAUAUAUUGUUGUUUUUGCAUCCUUCAAACAAAUAUCCAAGGCCCGAUGACAUUGACAAGAUCAUUAGUGCGGAAGUCCCCGAUCCCAGAAGACACCCUCGGUUAUACAAUUUGGUAAAAUCUCACAUGGUCCAUGGUCCUUGUGGUUUGGCAAAUCUCAACUCACCUUGCAUGAAGGAUAACAAGUGCACCAAGUUUUAUCCUAAGAAAUUUCAGCCUACGACUAUAGUGGAUCACGAGGGCUGUCCGGUUUAUAGGAGAAGAAACAACGGACACACAAUUGAAAAGAACGGCAUCAUCUUUCAUAGUGGUCAUGUGGUUCCUCACAAUCCAAGUUUGCUGUUGAAAUACGAAGCCCACAUCAACAUGGAAUGGUACAACCAAAGUACUUCCAUCAAAUACCUUUUCAAAUAUAUUAACAAAGGUUCAGAUCGUAUUUCUGCAAUCAUACAAGGUCAGGACAAAAACAAUGUUGACGAGAUCAAGCAAUAUUUGGAUUGUCGAUACAUCUCCCCAAGUGAAGCAUGUUGGAUGAUCUUUUCUUAUUCUAUACAUGGAAGGAAGCCAGCUGUAGAGAGACUGUUUUUUCACAUGGAAGGUGAAAACUCCGUGUACUACAAAGACUACGAGCAAGUUGGUGAUGUUUUACUCAAACCAAGUGUAACUAAGUCAAUGUUUACAUCUUGGUUUGAGGCAAACAAAACUUACGAGGAAGCAAGAUUGCUAACUUAUGGUGACUUUGUUUCUAAAUUUGUUUAUCAUAAAAGAAGUCGGACUUGA